AAAAAAAAAAAAAAAAAAAAAAAAGAGAAACAGUAAUUUAACGUUUAUUUUUAUUUUUUAUUUUUUUUCUAGUUUUCCCUUCUUUUUUUCUUUUCAGACAUCUGUUUUUCUUUUUUCCUUGUCUUUCUUUCUUUUCAAGCAUGCCACCGACAAGGGAAGAGAGACAAUCACUUGUCAAUAACAACUAUCAAAAUGGCGGUGGUCAUUUUGAUAUCAGUGUAGAAGAAUUAAGCGAUUUAUUUGACCCCAAAAAUGAAGAAUUAUUGCAAAAACUGGGUGGUGUGAAAGCCAUCUGUAAGAAAGUCAAGGUGGAUCCUUCUACCGGUCUUUCUGCUGAUGAAGGCUCUACGAGUUCUGGUCAACAACCUUACCAAGAUCGUCAAGCGACUUUUGGGCGUAAUGUGUUACCCGAACCUCCAUCAAAAACCUUUUUACAGCUAUUAUGGGCUGCUUAUAACGAUAAAACACUCAUCAUGUUGAGUAUUGCCUCCUUAGUGUCUCUCGCUGUGGGUAUCUGGGAAGAUUAUUCUCCUCGUCAUCCACCCGACGAGCCUCGUGUUGGAUGGGUGGAAGGCACAGCUAUUAUUGUGGCUGUCUUGGCUGUGGUGCUUACCAACGCCAUCAACGAUUAUCAAAAGGAAGCUCAAUUCAAGAAACUGAAUGCCAAAAAGGAAGAUCGCGUCGUCAAGGUGCUCCGUGGAGGUCGUGAACAACAAAUCAGUGUCUAUGAUGUCAACGUCGGGGAUGUCCUCCUGUUGGAACCAGGAGACAUUAUUCCCGUCGAUGGGCUUUACUUGGAAGGCCACAAUUUGGCCUGUGAUGAAUCCUCAGCUACCGGUGAAUCGGAUACCAUGAAAAAGAAGCCUGAAGGCAAAGGGGAUUGCUUCAUCUUGUCGGGCGCCAAGGUGCUGGAAGGCGUGGGCAAGAUGGUCGUGUUGGCCGUCGGCGAAAACUCGUUCUUUGGCAAGACCAUGAUGUCGAUGCGCGGCGAAGAAGCGGAAGGCACGCCCUUGCAAAUGAAACUGGACACCUUGGCGGAACAAAUCGCCAAGCUUGGUUUUGCGGCUGCCAUCAUCAUGUUGUUUGCUUUGGUCAUCAAGUACUUUGUCACCGCUGCCUUGGCGCCUGAAUUCCCCGCCAUCGGGGAUGUCGCUGCCGCCAUGAUCCGUAUUGUCAUUCAAGCCAUCACCAUCAUUGUCGUCGCUGUCCCUGAAGGCCUCCCCAUGGCCGUGACCAUGGCGCUGGCUUUUGCCACCACGCAAAUGCUCAAAGACAACAACCUGGUCCGUGUUUUGGCUGCCUGUGAAACCAUGGGCAAUGCGACCGCGAUCUGUUCUGACAAGACCGGUACGUUGACGCAAAACAAGAUGACCGUCGUGGAGGGCACGCUGGCGGAAGAAACGUUCACUUCGGAAGACGAGAUGAAGGCGUGGGCCAAGAAAGUCGACAAGGACACGAUCGAAGCGUUGGUGCACGAAACCAUUGCUUUGAACUCGACGGCUUUUGAAGGCAAAGACGAGAACGGCCGUACGGACUUUGUCGGCUCCAAGACGGAAUGUGCUCUUUUGGGCUUUUCCAAACGCUUGGGCAGUGACUAUGAAGCCAUCCGUCACGACGCGACCAUUACCAAGGUCUAUCCCUUUGCCUCCAAGCGAAAGACCAUGACGACCAUCUCUGAAAUCAAGGAAAACUCGGCUCCCUCGGGUCGUGAAGGCGCCCGCUACAGAAUUCACACGAAGGGUGCUUCUGAAAUUGUGCUGGAAGCCUGUACCCACUACAUCACGGCCCAAGGCGAACGCAAAGCAUUGGACACCGAAGAAGCCAAAAAGAAGUUUCUGGACAUCAUCUCUCGCUAUGCCGACAAGGCGCUCCGUACCCUUGCCUUGGCCUUCCGUGAUAUCUCUGCAUCGGACAUGGAGAACAGCAUCUCGGACGAGGAACCUCCUUUGGAAGGUCUCACCUUGCUGGGUAUUGUAGGCAUCAUGGACCCCCUGCGUCCGGGUGUCGUGGAAUCCGUCGCUGCUUUCCGACAAGCCGGUGUUUUUGUGCGCAUGAUCACCGGUGACAACAUCAACACAGCCAAGGCGAUUGCGCGUAACGCCGGUAUCUUGACCAAAGGCGGUAUUGCUUUGACAGGCCCUGAAUUACGUGCCAUGUCGGUGGAAGAACAACGCAAGAUCAUUCCUCGUCUGCAGGUGGUCGCGCGUUCGUCUCCCAAGGACAAGACCAUCGUCGUCAGCCGUCUCCAGGAGCAAGAUCAAGUCGUCGGCAUGACCGGCGACGGUACCAAUGACGGCCCUGCAUUAAAGAUGGCCGAUGUCGGUUUCAGUAUGGGUAUCGCAGGGACCGAAGUCGCCAAAGAAGCCUCGGACAUCAUCUUGAUGGACGACAACUUUAACUCGAUCUUGAAGGCGCUUCUCUGGGGCCGCGCUGUGAAUGAUGGCGUGCGCAAAUUCUUGACUUUCCAAUUGACCGUCAAUAUUGCGGCUGUCGUCCUUUCCUUCAUUUCUGCCGUCGGCUCGGAAGAGGCCGAGAGUAUCUUGAGUGCUGUCCAAUUGCUGUGGGUGAAUCUGAUCAUGGACACCUUGGCGGCGUUGGCUCUGGCUACAGAACCUCCCACACAAGACUUGCUCCACCGUAAGCCCAUUUCCAAGUUUGCCCAUCUCAUCAACUACCGUAUGGCCAAGAUGAUUGGCGGCCAAGCCAUUUUCCAAGUCCUCAUCAACUUGAUUGUCAUGUACAUGGGUCCCCGUGUCUUCCACUUGAGUGACAGCGCCUACGAUCAAGCCGUCUUGCGUACCAUGGUGUUCAACAUCUUUGUCUUUCUUCAGGUCUUUAACGAAAUCAACUGUCGUCGUAUCGACAACAGCAUCAACGUCUUUAAAGACAUGUUUGACAAUUGGAUCUUUAUUGCUGUCCAGGUCGCUGUCAUCGUGGGCCAGUUCUUGAUUGUGACCUUUGGAGGAAUUGCUUUCAAGACCGUGCCUUUGACCCCUCAACAAUGGCUCAUCACCGUCCUGAUCGGCUCUUUGUCGUUGCCUCUCGGUACCGUGAUCCGUUUGCUGCCCGACGGCGGUUACGAGGAUCGCUAUAACGAAGAAGCCAAGCCUUUGGCUAGCUACUCUCGCAUGCACUGGGAAGGCGCUAUCGGCGAUGUCCGUAAUGAAUUGCGUGUGUAUUCUUUGUUGCGUCGUAACAGAGGUGCCACCCGUCGUUCCAGUACCAUGCACUCGGGUGAUCCCUUGCCGUUUGCCAAUAACGCCAAUACAGCCGCCAGUGGACAUUAUGGUGCCACCCGUCAACAACAAAAUCGUUUUGCUAAUCUCGUAAAGAACGCUCAAAAAUACAAGAAUAACCUUGACAAUGAUGAUCAAUAAUCUCUUUCGACUUGAAGCCAUUGUCAUUUUAUAUACAACCCAUGUAAAAAAAGAUGAAAAAAGUUGACCUACACACAACCUAUAUACUCUUAUAUAUAUAUAUAUAUAUAUACAUAUUGUUAACAUGAUAAAUGGAAACAAUAAAAAGAAACCCUAUCCCAGAUGAUGUGUCC